GAUCGCGGUCCAAAGGGAGCAGAGAGGCGCAUCUCGCUGUGAGAGAUGGAGGGAGGCAGCAACCUCCCGGACCCCGCGGCCUUUGGAAUGUCCUCCCUGCCAGAGCAGCAUGAGGAUCAAUUGGCGCUGGGCUUUCGGAUGAUUCAGAAUGCUUACAACAGCAAGGUCCAAACCUUGGAACAAGAGCUGAGAGGCCUUCGCUUAAGCUAUGAGGAGCAGAAAAAUCAAGCUGCCGCCCUACAGCGCAAGAACUCAGCGCUGGAGGUGGAGCUGGUAGAGGGACAUCAAAAGGCGCAGCAGUUGGCGGAAGAGAAUAAGGAGCUCUUCAAAACGGUGCAGCAGCUGCGGCGGCAGCUUCAGCGCUUGGAGGGUCUCAAGAAGCGGGUCUUGGAGUCUAUUUCCGAUGAGCAGGGCUUGGAAACCUCUGAGGACUCUAAACUCUACAUGAGGGAUGACUACCUCGCUGGUGCUCUGCCAAUGACUGUUCAAUCCAUGCAAGGGGAGGUCGGCGGCUUCAAUGCACGCCCUUCAGGUGGCCUACCUGCUACGCCCGAGUCGUACCGGCCCAACUAUGACGCCAGUGCGCCUGUGACCGAGCCCACAACGACGUCUGCCCCGAUCGAUGGGAAGCAGUUCUUUCGUCAGGCUCGAAAUAGCCUGUCCUAUGAAGCCUUCAAUGAGUUUUUGGCCAACAUCAAGCGGCUGAACAAUCAGCAACAGUCGCGCGAGACCACGCUGGAAGAGGCGAAGAGAAUCUUUGGCCCCGAGUUGCAACACCUCUACCAGGACUUCGAGUUGUUGCUGAACCGCCACGGGGCUUGAGCUGCUAGAGCCCGGUGGGCAUGCCCCUGUUGCAGAUCCCC